AUGCAUUGCGGAUGUGCUUUCGUUCCACCGGUUGUAUCUCCACGUCUGCCGUUUGAAACUAAAAUCUCCGUUUCGAAGCUUCGAGCUUCAUCACGUCAAUUACCCAAAACCCAGAUUCGGAUAAACCCUUCCGAUGAUCUCACCAUCGACGGUCCAGAAAAAUCUCCGGAGACUAGGAUUGCAUUGCCGUCUCACGUGAAUUCCAUCACCAGCACUUCAAACCCUUUUGUCAAACACUGCUUGAAGCUCCGCCAAAGCUCCUCCUAUCGCCACACUCAUGGCUCUGUUCUCGUCGUCGGAGCAAUCCCAAUAAGAGAAGUAUGUAUGUUCCAAGCGAAUAAGCAAAGAAUCACCACUGAGAUUGAGUGUCUUCUUCUUCACGAGGAAGCUCAGAUUCCACAAGGAUUAGAGAGUCUAAGCACACGCAUUGUUCGAGUCACUUCUUUAGUGAUGAAGAAACUCUCUGGAGUCCAAUCUACUGAAUCCGUUGAAGCCAUUGCCUUGAUGAGAAUCCCUCACAGCUUCACUGAUCUUAAAGAUGAUGAUGAUGAAGACACCGUCACAACAGAUUGCAAGAAAUGGUUCCCUUCUGCUCACCGAGUUCUUGUUCUUGACAGCAUACAGGAUCCAGGCAACCUCGGGACGUUAAUCAGAUCAGCUAUGGCUUUUAAUUGGGAUGGUGCGUUUCUGCUUCCGGGAUGUUGCGAUCCGUUCAACGAGAAAGCUCUUAGAGCAAGCCGAGGUGCUUCGUUUCAACUCCCUAUAGUCUCUGGAAACUGGAGCCACCUUAAGCUUCUAGAGAAUGAGCUCCAAAUGAAGCUAUUAGCUGGUCAUCCAGCAACUACUAAACCUGUCUCCUCAAAACUCUCCUUAGCGUUUGCUCAGUCUUUAGCAGAGAAGCCUUUAUGCUUGAUCUUAGGCAGCGAAGGUCUCGGUUUGUCCGAACAGUCGAGGAAAGUUUGCGAGCUCGUGAGCAUUCCCAUGGCUGGUGAGUUUGAAUCUCUUAACGUCUCUGUUGCUGGUGGCAUUUUCUUGUUCAUGCUUCAAUCUUGUUCCGGUUCUUAA